AUAUGCAUCUUCAGCUUGGUUAUAUUAAAUUUAAGUUGAAUUUGAUCUGCAUUUUCAAGGCAUGGAAUAUCCAGAGUAUCCUAAAGUGGUGGAGAUGAGGAUGUGUCUAAAAAAUUUUCACACGCGAGUUAGCAGGCAUCGUACUGAAAAAAUGUGCCGUCAAAUCGAAUUUCAAUCAUGUUUUCGAGUUGAUGCACAUUGAUUCGAUGGUUAGAUUUGGUCGAUGAAACCCAUCCGAGAUAUUUUAAGGAUUGAAACUCAUGAGGGAAUGAAGAUGGCAUGAAUAUAUAAAAUGGAAAUGGAGAUUGCGACACGUUUAGCCAACCCUGCCCCAAUUCCACUAGUCACCCCUAGUAGAGAUUGCGCUUGGAAAAACUGUUUCAUCUCUAUACUUCAAGCCUAUAUUAACUGGGAUGAGAUUCGUAUCCUUGAGAAGGAAUUAUCUCGUCAAUGGGAGGCGGAAGAGAUUUACUGGCAGCAGAAGUCUAGGAUCACCGGGUUGAAAAAAAGGGAUAUGAACACUUCCUAUUUCCAUACUGCCACUAGGACCAGGAGGAAAAAGAAUUUUGUCCAUGGUCUUAGAAGUGAUACGGGUGAGUGGGUCACAGGGGAGGCUAGGAAGGCCGACAUUGUCAGUUCCUUCUAUCAAUCUCUUUUCACCACAAAGAACCAGGUGGAGAACAUGGUUGACCGGGUGGCGGCUCUUCCAAUCUCCCGCAGUGUUUCACCAGAAAUGAAUGAUAGGCUUACGGAGCCUGUCCUGCUUAGCGAAGUCAGACUAACUGUGUUUGCCAUGGGUUCGAAGCAGGCUCCAGGCUCGGAUGGAUUCAAUGGUAAAUUCUUUAAGGCGUUUUGGGACAUUCUGAGGGCGUCCGUGGUUGACGCAGUAUGCUCUUUCUUCUCGACUAGUAAAAUGCUCAGGAGUUUUAAUCAUACUUGGUUAACUUUGAUUACCAAAGUUGAGAAUGUGGAAACUAUGCGUCAGCUUCGUCCUAUAAGCCUGUGCCAAUUUGUGUAUAAAAUCAUAUCUAAAAUCAUGGCAACUCGCCUGGCUUGUCUCCUGCCUCAGAUAAUCUCAGAGGGGCAGAAUGCGUUUAUCCGGGAACGCCAAAUAGUGGACAAUAUCCUCCUUGGGCACGAGUUAAUGCAUUACCUCAAAAUCAAGACAAAAGGAAAGAAAGGGUACAUGGCUCUAAAGGUUGACAUGGAAAAGGCAUAUGAUAGAGUCGAAUGGCCCUUUCUCCUUGCGAUACUUGAGAAAAUGGGUUUUAACGCUACUUGGAGGGGAUGGAUCAAGGAAUGUUUGGCGUCCACCUCCUUUUCGGUUUUAAUGAAUGGCUCCCCUUCUGGGUUCUUCUCCCCAUCUAGGGGGUCUUCGGCAUGGUGAUCCGCUCUCGCCUCUCCUUUUUGUUCUGUGUACCGAGGGCUUUGCUGCACUCCUAUGGAAAGCUAUUGCGAAAGGAAAACUGGAGGGAGUUAAAGUUGCGCCUCGAGCGCCUCGUAUCUCUCAUUUGUUCUUCGUUGAUGAUUCCUAUUUAUUUCUCUGUGGAUCUCUCCAGGAGUGUGAGAAUCUUCUUGAGGUUCUGAAUGAAUAUGAGGAACUCAGUGGCCAGAAGGUUAUCUAAGUCUGCGGUUUGUUUUAGUAAGAAUAUUGUCUUGCCAGAUAGGAAUUCUUGGCCCAGAUUCUGGGGGUGGGGGCGGUGGGUGUACACGAUAAGUACCUUGGCCUGCCGACUCUGAUAUCCAGGUCAAAGAUGACCACGUUCCGCUAUCUGGAGGAGAAGCUGUUAGAGAGACUACAGGGCUGGAAACAACAGACCCUACUUGGGUUGCAAAGGAGACUUUGAUUAAAUCAGUGGCCAUGGCUUUGCCCUUGCAUGUUAUGUCUUGUUUCAAAUUGCCUCUAUCUCUCUGUCGGCUCCUUGAUAGGCAUGUGGCGAGAUUCUGGUGGGGUACUGAGGAUGACCACUCUAAGAUUCAGUGGAUGUCUUGGCGGAAUGUGUGUCGGAGUAAACAUGAGGGGGGGUAUGGGGUUUCGUCGUUUUGAGCAGUUCAAUCAGGCCCUCUUGGCUAAAAUUGGCUGGCGUAUCCUCAAUGAGCCUCAAUCCCUUUUAGCCCAGGUCUAUAAAGGCAAAUACUUUCCCACUGGUACAUUCCUCUCUGCUACAGCACGGUCUCGUUCGUCUUGGGGGUGACAGAGUAUCCUGUUUGGCCGGGAAUUGUUAGAGGUGGGACUCCGAUGGCAGAUUGGUGAUGGUAAAACUGCUCCUCUACUUCAAUCCAAUUGGAUUCCUCGGUUGCAUCCCUCUAAACCGGUGUAUAACCCUCAGAUUUUGCCAGAAGGGAUGGAGCUCCGGGUUUCUGAGGUUCUAUGCUCGGGGGAAGGAAGGUGGUGUGAUUCGAAGUUCAGUUAGUGGUUUGACCCAUCAACUUGCCGGGCGAUUAAAACUAUCCCUCUUACCCGGCAACCUGUGGCGGAUAGGCUUAUCUGGAUUGACACGGAGGACCGUAAGUUUACGGUCAAAUAUGCUUACCAUCUUGCGGUCCGGUUGGAUAAAUAGAGGGGCAAGUGGCGUUCCAUGGUUAGUUGGAUGGAUAAGACCAGCUGGAUUCGUCUGUGGGAGGCUAAUGUACCCCCUAAGCUGAAGGUGUUCUGUGGCAAAUCUUCAACAGGAUCCUACCAAUUACGGAAGCCUUAAUUGAGAGGGGGAUUGAGGUACACCCUCGUUGUCCGGUAUGUUGGGCAAAGACGGAGACAUUGGAGCAUUUGUUUCUUGAUUGUCCAGUAGCUCGUGCUCUCUGGGAUCAUUCGGGGCUGGAAUACCUAAGCCAGGGGUUGCCUUGCCAAACCUUUCCUCUGUUCCUGAAAAGGCUAGUUGCGCUCAUUCACCAGCCUGAUUUGCUUAUGGCCCUUGCGGCUGUCCUCUAGAGAAUUUGGCGGUCUCGUAGUUGGGUGGUCUUUAAUGGAAAACUGUUUGGGAUCCCUGCCUUGAUGCGGCAAUUCCACCAACAGUAUGGAUGAUCCUAUGGUCGUGGAGUUGCUAACCCUCCGUGAGGCUAUUUGCUGGUGUCUAGGACGUGGAUUCACUGAGGUUAGGUUCGAGGGUGAUGCCAAAGUUGUUAUUGAUAAAAUCAUUCGGCGGCAGACUGGUGACAACAGGGUGGGAGCUAUUCUGGAAUAAAUUUUGCGGUACUUU